UAGUCGUCUUCUGCAAUCAAAACUGUGCUUUUGAAACCACGUUGAGGUAUAUAAAACAUUUCCGCGGCGCACUCGCCCUUUGUGAUAAUGUCGGCUGAUUAUGAAGAGAGAUCCAGAGACAAUGGCCCGGAGGGGAUGGAGCCCGAUGGAAUCAUUGAGAGCAACUGGAAUGAGAUCGUGGACAGCUUUGAUGAGAUGAGCCUGCGUGAGACUCUUCUCAGAGGGAUUUAUGCCUAUGGUUUUGAGAAGCCCUCUGCCAUUCAGCAGAGGGCCAUCCUCCCUUGCAUCAAGGGUUAUGAUGUCAUUGCACAGGCUCAGUCCGGUACAGGGAAGACCGCUACGUUUGCCAUCUCCAUCCUGCAGCAGAUUGAUGUUGAGGCGAAGUCGACUCAGGCCCUGGUCCUCGCCCCCACCCGGGAGCUGGCUCAGCAAAUCCAGAAGGUGAUCCUGGCCCUGGGUGACUACAUGGGCGCCUCCUGCCAUGCCUGUAUCGGCGGCACCAACGUCCGCAACGAGGUGACCAAGCUCCAGGCCGAGGCCCCUCAUAUAGUGGUGGGCACCCCUGGCCGUGUGUUUGACAUGCUGAACCGCAAGUUCCUGGCCUCCAAGAACAUCAAGAUGUUUGUCCUUGACGAGGCUGAUGAGAUGUUGAGCAGAGGUUUCAAGGAUCAGAUCUAUGAGAUCUUCCAGAAGCUCGACACCAGCACACAGGUGGUGCUCCUGUCGGCCACCAUGCCCCAGGAUGUGCUGGAGGUCACCAAGAAGUUCAUGCGUGACCCCAUCCGCAUCCUGGUGAAGAAGGAGGAGCUGACCCUGGAGGGAAUCCGGCAGUUCUACAUCAACGUUGAGAAGGAGGAGUGGAAGCUGGACACCCUGUGUGACCUGUAUGAGACCCUGACCAUCACUCAGGCUGUUAUCUUCAUCAACACCCGUAGAAAGGUGGACUGGCUGACCGAGAAGAUGCAAUCCAGGGACUUCACCGUCUCUGCCUUGCACGGUGACAUGGACCAGAAGGAAAGGGACCUGAUCAUGAGGGAGUUCCGUUCAGGGUCCAGUCGGGUCCUCAUCACCACAGAUCUGCUGGCCCGAGGAAUAGAUGUCCAACAAGUGUCUUUGGUGAUCAACUAUGACCUCCCCACCAACCGUGAGAACUACAUCCACAGGAUUGGCAGAGGAGGCCGUUUUGGCAGGAAGGGUGUGGCCAUCAACAUGGUAACCGAGGACGACAAGAGAACUCUCCGUGAUAUCGAGACCUUCUACAACACCACGGUGGAGGAGAUGCCCCUGAACGUGGCCGACCUCAUCUAAAGAGCGCCCUCUGAGGUCUUCUAAAGAGCCCUCUGAGGUCUUCUAAAGAGCCCUCUGAGGUCUUCUAAAGAGCCCUCUGAGGUCUUCUAAAGAGCCCUCUGAGGUCUUCUAAAGAGCCCUCUGAGGUCUUCUAAAGAGCCCUCUGAGGUCUUCUAAAGAGCCCUCUGAGGUCUUAUAUACCCCCCCACCCUACCCCCGUCGUAGCCCUCUAUCUUCAUUCUAGACAAACUCCUUCAACCACUCCAUGUAUCCCAAUUUUGCACUCUUAAAUGGGGCAGGGGAACCCCUCGUUUCCCUCCUCUUCCAUGCCCUGUGCUGUCCCUCAGGCCUCAUCCGUAUUGAUAGGGCUCCAGGAAAGGGAACCAUCCCUCAAGUCCUCCCCUUUCCCACCUUGCUUAAUAAACAGAAAAAAGAAUGUCAUGUAGGUUUACUCAAGGACAAACAAAUUCUUUUCUCCAGCCGUGUUCUUUAAAAAAACCCAGGAUUUUGAGUCCUCACAGUGACUGCUAUGUUACUGUAGCUGCUUCUGCCCCUGAACCAUCUCAUACAGUAUGAUACACGUGCUGCAGGAAUGUUUUUAAGGUUGACGUGGUGUUCUCGUCUUCAUUCAAGUGGUCGUACAGUAUUAAAACUAAUGUGAACUAUGUGAAAGAAAUCCUAGAUUCAAAUUUCGAGGUCAUCAUUCUGUACUCGAUAUUCACACCUGUAGGGAGACUGACACACAGCAGUGGGUAUUGGGAGUUUUGCUUUGGGUGCAAAGAUAUUCGAUUGGACUCUCCAACAGCUCCAUUCUUAUCAUUCUGGUCAAAUAAUUUUAUUUAUUUUCCACCCUUUUUAUUGACAUCUUGGUUUCAUUUUACAACUUGAGGGAGGGGGGAUGACUUCAAUAAAGUUACCAAAUAAAUCAUG